UGACGCAGGCGCAUGCGUGUAAUAAAAAAAGAAAAAAAAGAAAGUGCGUUGAGAAAUGAGGUGUCUCUGUUGGGGGAACUGGAUUUUUAAAUAGCACCGGCAGCCCGUGAUAUGACGACUUCGUUGGUUCUGCAUCCACGUUGGGCGGAUACCUUCAUGUACGUGUAUGAAAAAAGCCCGCAUGAAAAUAAUCACAAUAAAAACUCAGCCAUGGAGGUACUAAGUGGAAAUUGUCCAGCGAGCCACUGCCGGGAUUUGAUCAACCACCACCACCCAGCUAUAGGUCGCCAUUCCGGGAGCAUUGCAACUCACCAAGGGUCGGUCUAUUCGGACAUUUCUUCCCCGGACCCCAGCAGGCAGUGCCCCGCACCCCAGACUUCUUCCAGCGCGCCCCUGGGCUACGGCUACCCUUUCGGAAGCCCUUACUACGGGUGCCGGCUGUCCCAUUCGCACAACGUGAACUUACAGCAGAAGCCUUGCUCCUACCACCCCGCUGAAAAGUAUGCUGAACCCAGCGUCGCUGUCCCCUCCGAGGAACUAUCGUCCCGGGCUAAGGAGUUCGCGUUUUACCCGAGUUUUGCCAGCUCAUACCAAGCCGUCCCGGGCUAUUUAGACGUGUCGGUGGUACCGAGCAUGAACUCCCACCCGGAACCGAGGCACGAUGCGUUGAUACCCAUGGAGGGUUAUCAGCACUGGGCGCUGUCGAACGGUUGGGACGGACAGGUUUACUGUACCAAAGAGCAAACGCAAUCGAGUCAUCUGUGGAAGUCGCCUUUUCCCGAUGUCGUCCCGCUGCAGCCGGAGGUAAGCGGAUACCGUCGCGGACGGAAGAAGCGGGUCCCCUACACGAAACUGCAGCUGAAGGAACUGGAGAAGGAAUACGCGGCCAGCAAGUUCAUCACCAAAGAAAAGCGGCGCCGCAUCUCCGCCAACACCAACCUCUCCGAACGCCAGGUGACGAUCUGGUUCCAGAACCGCCGCGUCAAAGAGAAGAAGUUUGUGUGCAAAUCCAAGACGUCACACGUGCCCCCCACUUGA